CCUGCUGUUAUUAGAAUAUUCUCUGACGUCGUUCAUGUUAGCAGCUGUUUUGUUUCAGAUCUUUGCGGAAAGAGAUAUUUUUUUUAAUGUUCUUUACCUUUGUCUGUGUUUAUCGCAGCUGUUGAUACUUUCUUGGAAUGCUAACGAAAUUCUAUUGCAAAGCACAGAACUAUCGCAGACGCUAUACGAGAGCAAGUGGGUUGACCAAAACGAAACGAUUAAAGCUUGUAUGCAGAUUAUGGUUGCCAGGUGCCUACGGCCAUUAAGCUUAACAAUCGGUCCGUUUGGAUCCAUUAAUUUGGAUGUUGCCAUUUCGAGAAUCAAGCUGGCGUACACUUGUGUCUCGGUAAUAACUGGUAAAAAGUGAAGCGAUGGGAUGAAAAUGGAACUAUAAAGUGAACUUAAUGUUGAAUUUAAGUAUAUAAAUUUA